AAGGACCGAGAAGAGGAUCUGAGGCAUCGAAUUUCCCUCCGAAUUAUUUUUAUUUAUCCUCUUCGAAAGGGAAGAGAUUCGUAGAACGAAAAGAAAUUCUCCCUCUCCCUCCUCCAUUUUUUUUUUCCUUUUGUGUGUCCCAAAUCCUUCUCUUUCCCAUUCUCCUCUCUCUCUCUCUCUCUCUCUCUCAGCUGCGUUGUUAUCUUCUUUCUCUCUGUUCUAUUCUCUUGUCUCCCUUGUUUUUUAUUUUCUGUCCUCCCCCAAUCUAUCCAAAGUGUUCUGUCCUCGAGGAAUUCUACUCCGCUCCCCUUUGCCUCCGCUUUUUUUAAUAUAACAAUAUCUAUAAAUAUUGAUACGCUAAUCUUUUUGAUAUCUCAUGUUCCGAUGGCCAAUUCUUCUAGAGUUCAAAUCUUUUGCUGAUUCGACCCGGUAAUUGCGAAAAUGGGGACGAAGAAGAAGGGCUACAUCACCGAAGAUGAUGUCUCGCUCCUUCUCCAAAGGUACUCAGCAACAUCUAUUCUUGCUCUACUCCAGGAGAUUUCUCAGUGUGCUUGUACAAAAAUAGACUGGAAUGCACUUGUUAAGAGAACUUCUACUGGGAUCACUAAUGCUCGGGAAUAUCAGAUGCUAUGGCGACAUCUGGCGUAUCGUGACAAAUUGCUGGACAAAGUGGAAGACGGGACUGACCCUUUGGAUGAUGACAGUGAUUUGGAAUUUGAAUUAGAUGCAUCCCCUGCUUUAAGUGGUGAAGCCUUAUCAGAUGCCACAGCAUGUGCUAAGCUUUUCAUCUCAUCAGGCUUUUCACGGUUAUCUGGCCCAACAAAUCGUGCAAACCUUGGCACUCCUGUGACCAGAAACAUACCUGAUGACCAGAAACCACAUGACCCAUCAGCCAAACAAAAGCUGGCUCAUACCAUCUGUGGAACAAAUGCUGCAGUUCCUCAUUCUGUUCAGAAACAACCACUAGCAACAAAAAGGUCAGCUGAAGUGUCUGAUGGAAAUGGAUCAGCAGGUUCAGGCUUGCCUGCUAAAAAGAAGAGGAAAUUAUGGACUAAAGAGGAGGAUAUGGAAUUAAUAGCUGCUGUGCAGAGGUGUGGUGAAGGGAAUUGGGCAAACAUUCUUAAAGGAGAUUUCAAGCACAACAGAACUGCUUCGCAGCUGUCUCAGAGAUGGACUACCAUUCGGAGGCGGGCCAACCUACUUGCAGAUUCUGGCAACAAAUCAGUCAGCUCAACACAGUCUGCAGAGAGGCUGGCAGCACAAAAGGCAUUUUCCUUGGCUGUUGAUAUGCCUAUGACUGGAAGCUUAUCAGCUAUACUGUCAGGUGCUACACAAUCAAGCACACCAGCUGGUUCUGCUACAGUCUCAGCUUCAGUAUCUGAGGCAUCGCUUGCAUCUGCUCCUCAGCAAGCUUCUACUCAGGCAACAUCCCAAAAAGUAGCCUUGAACAUUUCACAUAAGCUUCGAACAAACCCCCAAAAACCAGUGGCCCCUGUGAAGUCAUCCAUAGGUCCCAAUCCUUUGAUACAAGCAGCUGCCUUUGCUGCCGGAGGUCGCAUUGCCACUCCGUCCACCGCUGCUUCUUUGUUCAAAGCUGCACGAUCUAAAUGUGCUUUUCAUAUCAGACCUGUUGGCGGUGCUCAUCAAAAUUCUCCAAUUAUGACUGCCAAAUCAUCACCUACCACUAACACAGUGGGACCACAGCCACACAGUGUCCGCUGUGUCCAGCCUGCGGCUGCUGUUCCUACACCAGCAUCAGUAAGUUCAGUCUCGUCACCAACUGUGCCCAGGCAUGGAAUGCAGCAACCGCAAAGCUCCUCUGAAAGACCUACAAGCAAUCCUCCUACGGACAGUGCUACAGUACCCAACUUAUCAACUCCACCAGCAUUCCCUCAAUCCAAACCACCUGCUGAUUCGCAAGAAAAUGCUGAGAGCAAUAGUGAUAUUUCUUUCCCUAUUAUCCCAGCCAUUGAUAUUGAUGAGUUGUUGGCUGAAGAGGUUAAUGGUGCAGAUGAGAUGGAACUGGAUGGUGCUGUAGCCAAGAACCAUGAGACAGACUUGCUGAGCCUGGAUGUGGGUGAGAAUGGCAACAAUAUUGUCGACAAUGCUGCUUGUGAUAUGCAAAAGGCUGUAGCUGGGUCUAUGGAUCUCUCAAAAUCACAAACUCAUGAGAAUCAAACUCUCAAUGGUAAAGCAAUUUCGCUUGACAUUGGGGCAGCUGAGAAUAAAUCCAUGGAAAUCGAUGCCGGUGGAGCUCAGAUUUCAGUUGAGGAGAGCACCAACUUGGCCAAUGGAGAGUCCAGCGAAAGCCAAAGCAUGAAUAUUGCGAGUGCUCAGAAUCAAAUUGUGGCUCAAGAGCGGUUUGCUUGUACGGAGGCUGUGGCUGAUGAGGUCAAGCAGAGUGGCGUCCAGGUGGAACAGCAUGCAGUAUUAGAGGACACUGCAUCAGGCAAUCAAUCACCUGUUGAUGACCAGGCUGUGUCAAUUGCUGCCGAACAAGAUUGAGUCUGUGCUGUCACAGGCUGUGGAGAUAAGACUGACAAAGGGCUGUUCUCUACUACCAUUUUCUUGUAGCUGUAAAACAUGGAAGAACUUCAGCAUCAUCAUUGGCAAAUACAAACAAGCUAUUCCAUGCAAGAAGUGGCCUUGCAAGCCUUUUUUUUUUUCCUUCUUACUGCCGACAAGCCGCUAGACUUCUCAGCUAAAGGAGAAGCUAGGCUGUUUUGUGUGCACACUGCUUGGAUGUUGGAACUGAGGUGUGGUGGAUAAAAAGUCUAUUUUACCAAAUUUUGAUUAGAAAUGCAACUUGGUGACCUUUUCCUUUUCCCCUUCCA